AUGGAACAAAGGGGAUCCGCAUCAUGGCGACUGAACCUUGUACUUUUUGCACUGUCGUUGCUAUAUUGGAGAGUAGCAUUGGCGCAGAUAAGAUAUUCCUUACUAGAAGAGGAGAAAGACGGCACCCUGGUUGGAAACAUUGCAAAGGAUUUGGGUCUUGAUCACAGAAGUUUAAAGGAGCGAGGAUUUCGUGUCGUAUCAACUACAGGAGAGUCUCUAUUCAAGCUAAAUCAGGAUGAUGGCGUUUUGUAUACUACAGGGAAAAUAGACAGGGAGGAGGUAUGCGAGAGAAGCACCUCAUGCUUGAUUAAUCUAAAAAUCGCGCUUGAAAACCCUAUAGAGAUUCAUUACGUAGGGGUUGAGGUUGUCGACAUAAACGAUAAUGCGCCAAUGUUUCCUGAGACAGAAAAGCGUUUGGAAAUCUCCGAGAACGCCGUGUCUGGUUCACGGUUUCAGAUACAAGCGGCACGUGAUCCAGAUAGCGGCAUGAAUUCUGUUCAAAUGUAUAAAAUCAGUAAUAAUGAACAUUUUCGAAUCGAAGUUAAAGACAGAGGGUUGGAUCGAAAGAUGCCCUUUCUCAUUUUACAGAAAUCGUUAGACAGGGAAACUCGUCCUAGUCAUCAUCUCCUCCUCACAGCGCUGGACGGUGGGAAACCGCCAAAAUCGGGGACGAUGGAGAUUACUGUCUAUGUCCUAGAUGUAAAUGACAACAUUCCGGUUUUUACAAAAGACUCGUAUUCUGUGAAACUUAGCGAAAAUGUGCCCAUAGGUACAACGGUAGCGCAGGUGAACGCAACUGACCUAGAUGAUGGUGUAAAUGGUGAAGUGUUUUUCACUUUUGGCCACGAUGUAGACAGUGACUUGCGCAAACUUUUUAGUCUGGAUCCAGUCUCAGGCGAAAUAGUUGUAAAAGGUCAAAUUGAUUUUGAGCAAAAAGACCACUAUGAAAUUGAUAUACAAGCGUCGGAUAAAGCACUUGCACCGCUGACAGCCGAUAAAAGCAUUUUAAUACAAAUUGUGGACCUAAAUGAUAAUGCGCCGGAAAUUGAAGUGACGUCAUUUUCAAGUACGGUACCAGAGAAUUCCAAAUUGGGGACUACAGUAGCACUCAUCAGUGUGAGUGAUUUAGAUUCUGGUUUAAAUGGAAAAGUGUCCUGCUCUGUACUUGAAGAAAUACCCUUCAGGUUAAUGCAGACCUCACAGCCUAACAUUUAUUCAUUGACAACUGCAUCGUUACUUGACAGAGAGAAAAUAUCACUGUAUGACAUUACAUUAGUAGCCCGAGAUGCAGGUGAGCCAGUAUUAUCAUCUUUGAAAUCUAUCACUGUCGAACUAUCUGAUGUAAAUGACAACAGCCCAGAGUUUUCCCUCAACCCACACAUCUUUUAUGUAACUGAAAAUAAUGUGCCAGGCAUGUCCAUUUUCUCUGUGUCUGCUAGUGACUGUGAUUUAGAUGAAAACGCCAUGAUUACCUACCAGGUUUGGAGGGAUACUACUGAGCAAAACAAGUAUGCAUCCUUUCUAAACAUAAACCCCGAAAAUGGAGACAUAUACGCAUUGAAAAGCUUUGACUUUGAAAUGGUUAAAACAUUCCACUUCCAUGUUAUUGCUACAGAUUCUGGAAGUCCUUCACUGAGCAGUAAUGUUACAGUGAACGUGUUCAUUCUGGAUCAGAACGACAAUGUUCCAGUGAUCUUAUAUCCAGUCAGCGCUAACGGUUCUGCUGAAGGUGUGGAGGAGAUUCCCCACAAUGCCAACGCAGGACAUUUGGUGACUAAAGUGAGAGCCUAUGACGCGGAUAUAGGAUACAACGGCUGGUUAUUAUUUUCACUGCAGGAAGUGAGUGACCACAGUCUCUUUGGUUUGGACCGCUAUACAGGACAGAUAAGGACCCUUCGCUCAUUCACAGAAACAGAUGAGGCUGAACAUAAACUGGUCAUACUGGUCAAAGACAAUGGCAAUGUUUCACUUUCAGCAACAGCAACUGUGAUCAUGAAACUUGUGGAGCCCAAAGAACCUUUUGCAGCUUCCAAUGUGAAAAAUUCAGUAAAAGAUGAGGGGAAUAAUAAUAUUAUAUUUUAUUUAAUCAUCACUCUGGGUUCAGUUUCCGUGCUUUUCAUCAUCAGUAUCAUUGUAUUAAUAGCAAUGCAAUGCUCCAAAUCUACAGACUAUUCAUCCAAGUAUUUACAAGACACAGCGUAUGAUGGAACACUGUGUCACAGCAUCCAGUACAGAUCCGGAGAUAAACGCUACACAUUAGUUGGUUCCAGAAUGAGUAUCGGUUCUACUAUAGUUCCAGGUAGUAAUGGGAAUACACUAGUGGUACAAGAUCGCAGGAGGAGAGCUUCUAGAGAGGUAAGGCAUUGCUCAGUUUAG